AUGUGGGGCAUGGAAGCCGACAACAUUACCACCAGCUUGAAAUGGUUGUAUGUCGCCUACUUCAUGUACAUGAUCGCCGAAGCCUUGUGCCAGCUCUCUAUCCUUGCAUUCUACCUGCGCAUUAUGAUCCACCCAAAGUCGCGCCUUGCCGUCUGGACCUUGCUGUGGCUGGUCGUUUGCUUCGGACUCGCGAAUGCGUUCUCCAUGAUCUUCCAGUGCGCGCCCAUCCAUUUCUUCUGGAAUGGCUGGAAAGGAGAAACACCUGGGAAAUGCAUCGACGUCCGUUUGUUUGGCUUCAUUCGAGGCGGUAUUGAGAUCUUCCUCGACCUAGCCAUUCUAACCCUGCCUCUUCCUAUGUUAGCAGGACUUCAGAUGUCAAGGAAGAAGAAGCUACAGAUCAUGUCCAUGUUCUGUGUCGGCUUCAUCAUCACGAUCGUCAACGACAACACUGCCGGUCUAUAUUGGUGUGCGACCGAGUCGAAUCUGUUCACAAUCGUCGCCUGCAUGCCUGCCAUACAGAGCAUCUUCCACAGGGGUCUAAGAAAGGUCCGUGGCGUCAGCACCCAAGCGAGCAGGAACCACUAUAACAGCGAUGGAUUGGGCAAAGGGUCGUACUUGCGUCAGGGUUCCAGCCGGGAUCAGAGGUCGGGCAGUCUUCCUUUCGGUGUCAUUUCCAAGUCGGUCAACGUGGACGUUUACCGCACCCAGCGGUCCGACUCAGACAUCGAGCUAGUGGAUAGUCCCACUUUCAGCAAAUAA